AUGAAGUUUGCAAGAUAUCUUGAAGACACGCAGAUACCAGAAUGGAAGAAGGCCUAUAUAGACUAUCGAGGUCUCAAGAAGAAGAUAGCUGUCGUUAAAAGGGCGAAUGAAGCUGCACAGGAAAGGAAUUCCGACUCCCGUGUACGAAUACACGAUCAAGCACGUUCGUCUAUUACAGAACCAAGUCCUGGUACUUCAGCCCUUCGGCGAAGAAAUUAUGGGGCUGUUGGGCGUACUCCUCCCAACGCAAUCGGUCGUACCCCGCCUGGCGCUAAUGGACGCACUCCCUCGAUUACUAUAGGCCGCACUUCGGGAGGUGCAGGCAGUCUGCUCGGCGAACAGCAGACAAGGCACUCCAUUUCAGAGCAUGUACCACACGUUCUCACACCUCCAGCUGCGGCAAACCGGUCUGUAAAAUCAGCUCGCUUCCGCUUAAGCACCGACGAGCUGGGACCGGAUUUCGAGUUGCCCCCAGCAAUGACAAGUAUGGAUUCUCUCAAGGAUGGGACAAUUGUAUCUCAUGUCACUUCGAAUUCCACUGGGGCAGAAACUCGAAGGGCGCUUCCUAGUCGGGUUUUCAGCGGAACGUUAUCAAUAGUGCAAAGUCGCAAUAGCACAAUGAAGCAAUCUUAUGAACAAACAGGGCUCAAUGAUACGCCCAUUUCUGUACCAGCUCCUGCGUCUGUCAGAUCAAAUGCCGAAACGAGGGCAACCCCCCGUAAUCCUUUUAGUGGUAUGAGGCGACGUUUCACGACAACCUCACGCCACAAUGAUAUUGGUUAUUCACCACCAGAGACCAUCCAAGAGUUGUUAGCAGGGAUAGGUCCCAACGAGUUAGCAUUCUUCGCGGCGCUGGAUCAAGAGAUAGACAAGGUCGAAGCCUUUUAUUCAGAGCGCGAACGAGAUGCCCAAUUCAAGGUAGCCGCGCUUAAAGAACAAUUCCACGAGUUACGAGGGCAUAAACAACUAAGCAGUGUCGGAAAUGAAGGACUUUGGCCUGGAUUCCUUCAUCUCCUCGAUUCGAUCAAUAUAGCAUCCAUACCUAUUCCAGGUCAACCCAACGCGGGGAAGUCUGCAGACGCAUCCGCCAAGACUGAAACACCACUAUCCAACCCGCAAGCACACGUUAGUAGCAGUAUUGCACAUGAUCCAGAUGCCUACCAGCGCGCAAAGAAAAAACUUAAGAAAGCCGUUUUAGAUGGCUUGGAGCUUCUACAAAACUACAGAAUUUUGAAUAUGACCGGAUUUCGCAAAGCGCUCAAAAAGUUUGACAAGACUGCGAAGAUGUCCACUCAAAACCUAUACAUGCGUGAAAAGAUCGAGCCAUGCAAAUUUGCGUCUGGCGAUACCUGUAGUGGCUUAUUGAAGGAGAUCGAAAGGAUAUAUGCAACGCGAUUUGAGAAGGGAAAUGAAAAGAAGGCUCGUGUUAGGUUGCGUGCUACUAAUCGGCAAAGCACGCAUCAUUUUAGCACAUUCAGAUCCGGUAUGCUGAUCGGCUUAGCAUUACCGGCCCUUGCUAUGGGCAUAUAUUACUCCCUACAAGAGGAACGACGCGAAUUAAUACCGGAGUGGGCUGCUUUACUCCAAGUGUAUGCUGCUCUAUGUAUACCGGUCAUAUUUUCACUUCUACUCGGGCUGAACUUGGUCGCAUGGGCUCGCGCUCGCAUCAAUUUCAUCUUCAUCUUCGAGUUGGACGCUCGAACUGUGAUCGAUGCCAGAGAGUACAUUGAGCUUCCGGCUUUCCUUUUCGCCACACUCGCAUACGCGUUCUGGCUAUCAUUUUCUCGUGCAGGGGCUGAGACGGUGGCUCCUACGAGUUGGCCAAUUAUGUGGCUUGGCCUGACUGCGGUAGUUUUGCUAAAUCCGUUCCCUAUUUUUCAUCGAUCGGCGCGGUGGUGGCUUCUCAGAACAGUAGGAAAGCUCUUUGUUAGCGGGAGAACGCGGGUCGAAUUUACAGACUUUUGGAUGGGUGAUCAAUUCUGCUCGUUGGUAUAUACCAUGGGCAAUUUGUACUUCCUGGUCUGUGCGUACGCUGACCAUUGGCAUCACAUUGAACAACGAUGUCAACUCGGGCCACAUUGGACCAUUCCACUCGUGCUGACAGCACUUCCCUCCCUGAUUCGGUUGGUUCAGUGUGUUCGACGAUACGUUGAUAGCAAGAACCAUAUCCAUCUCAUCAAUGGUGGCAAAUACACUGCCAGUAUAGUCAGCUAUAUCGCGUACUAUGGGUGGAGACAUUAUGGGAGUAACCGUGAUUUCCGCAUGGGGGUAUGGAUCCUAUUUGCGACGAUUAAUUCAUGCUACACGUCAUACUGGGAUCUCAUGAUGGACUGGAGUGUCCUACAAGUUAAGGGUGUGCAGUACAAGUUCCUGCGAAAGGAAUUGGCUUAUUCGAACCACAUUCUGGCUUACUACGUCGCGAUUGUGACUAAUGUAGUUCUCCGCUUUAUUUGGAUUUGGUAUAUACCCAGCGGUGGUUUGCCAGCUGGGACAAGAGCAUUCAUGUUUGCGAUUUUGGAGAUGCUACGAAGAGUGCAAUGGAACUUCUUCCGUCUGGAAAACGAGCAUAUCGGUAAUGCUGAUCAAUUCCGUGUAACUCGAGAGGUGCCGCUUCCAUACGUAUUCACCGGCGACAGAGAUUCGGAUGAUGAGGACCAUGGAGCUGAGCGCCCGACUCGAAAGCUUUCGGUCCGACUUCCAGUAAUGAGUAAAGAUAGUAGUACAGAUGUAGAAGCCGAGGGGCAAUGA